AUGGCAGACUUAUUUUCACCAGCACCACAGCCUCCCACUGAACUUGGAAGAUACCGUAUUUUGUCGAAAAAUGCCGGCAUCCGAGUUUCGCCACUAGUUCUAGGAGCCAUGUCGAUAGGGGACGCAUGGCAUGAUAUUAUGGGCUCCAUGGACAAGCAGCGCUCUUUUGAUUUAUUGGACGCUUAUUACGAAGCAGGUGGCAACUUUAUCGAUACCGCCAAUAACUACCAAAAUGAACAGUCUGAGACAUGGAUAGGUGAGUGGAUGGCAUCGAAAAACAUUCGUGACCAGAUUGUGGUGGCCACCAAAUACUCAAUUGACUACAAGUCCCAUGCAAUUGGGAAAAACAAGAGUGUGAAUUUCUGCGGUAACCACAAGCGCAGCUUGCACGUUAGCGUUCGUGAGUCUCUCCGUAAGCUGCAAACGGACUGGAUAGACAUCCUGUACGUUCAUUUUUGGGACCAGAUGACUUCGAUCGAGGAAGUCAUGGACAGUCUCCACAUUCUCGUGCAGCAGGGUAAAGUGUUGUAUCUCGGGGUUUCAGACACUCCAGCCUGGGUGGUGUCUGCAGCCAACACGUAUGCCAGGGCUCAUGGCAAAACGCCCUUCAGCGUAUACCAAGGUCGCUGGAAUGUGAUGUUGAGGGACUUUGAACGCGAGAUCAUCCCUAUGGCCCGCAACUUUGGAAUGGCGCUAGUGCCCUGGGAUGUUUUGGGCGGCGGUCGGUUCCAAACCAAAAAGAGCCUGGAGGAAAGGAAGAAGAAUGGAGAAAACAUACGUUCGUUCUUUGGCGCCGCAGACCAGAGCCCAGAUGAAGUAAAGAUCAGCGAGGCUUUGGAAAAAGUGGCAAAAGAGCAUAACACCGAGUCCAUCACCGCAAUUGCACUAGCCUACGUCCGGUCUAAGACUACCCGCGUAUACCCACUGGUGGGAGGCAGAAAAAUUGAACAUCUAAAGCAAAACAUCGAAGCCCUGAGCAUCAAGCUGUCCCCAGAACAGAUCAGCUUUUUGGAGAGUGUUGUCUCCUUCGAUGUCGGUUUCCCAAGCUCUUUCAUUGGGCCGGACCCAGAAGUCACAGGAGAAGCUGGAUUUUUGACCUCUAUGUCAGCCCAUCUUGCCUUUGACUAA